GACACUUCUCCCAUUCAAUUUUACGAAAAUCUCCGCGAUCACUUCUGAACACGCAAAGGUACCAUUCGGAAAUUUGAACCACGACCCGCAUCUCCACCCGGACGAGUUCUUCCUCCUCCUGCCCUGCCUAAAUUCAUCCGCAGAAAACAAGGAAAUUUCUAAAGCCAAAUUAUAAGGCAAAGUGUAUCAAUCUUUUUCUUUCUUUCUUUCUUUUUUUGUAAAAAUGUUCGGUAAAUUAUUCCAAAAGACCAGCCCUCGUCCACCGCCUCAGCAAAGUGAAGUGCAAGAAAGCCCUAUAUCCUCGGAUGUGGCACCCCUUGUUGUAGUUCAUUAUGGUAUCCCAUCUACUGCUUCAGUCCUGGCUUUUGACUCCGUUCAGCAACUACUAGCUGUUGGAACCUUGGAUGGAAGGAUUAAAGUGGUUGGUGGUGACAGCAUUGAAGGCCUUCUUAUGUCUCCUAAGCCGAUACCUUUUAAGAACUUGGAGUUUCUUCAAAAUCAAGGCUAUCUUGUGAGUGUCUCCAAUGAAAAUGAAGUUCAGGUUUGGGAUCUAGAAAGCAGGAGUAUCUCUACAAGUUUACAAUGGGAAUCCAAUAUAACUGCCUUCUCUGUUAUUUAUGGCACUCAAUUCAUGUAUAUAGGGGACGAAUAUGGAUUUUUGUCUGUGCUGAAGUAUGAUGCUGAGGAACAAACCAUUCUUCAAUUACCCUACCAUAUUCCUGCUAAUCUUGUAGCUGAAGCAGCAGAGAUUUCCUUGCCAUUCAACCAAUCGAUAGUGGGUGUGCUACCUCAGCCUUCAUCAUUUGGAAAUAGGCUUGUUCUUGCAUAUGAGGAUGGGUUGAUAGUUCUCUGGGAUGUUACUGAAGAUAGAGCUGUUCUUGUUAGAGGAAAUAAGGAUCUCCAACUAAAAGAUGAAAUACUGGCUGAAUCUUCGAGUGAUGGGAGCCAUGAGCCCUUGGAUAAUUUAGUAGACCAUGAAAAGGAAAUAAGCUCUCUUUGUUGGGUGUCUGCUGAUGGUUCAUUGCUAGCUGUUGGCUAUGUGGAUGGAGACAUUUUCCUGUGGAAUCUGUCUGCUUCUGAUCAUAUUAAAGGUCACGGAGCUCAAAAGUCAUCUGAUAAAGUGGUUAAGAUACAAUUGUCAUCUGCAGAAAGAAGGCUUCCUGUCAUUGUUCUGCACUGGUCUGCUAACAAGAAACGAAAUGGUUUUGGAGGUCAGCUUUUUGUUUAUGGCGGUGAAGAAAUUGGAUCUGAAGAAGUCUUGACGAUUCUCGAUCUUGACUGGUCAUCUGGGAUAGCAAAGUUAACAUGCGUCAACCGUGUUGAUCUUCCCCUUAAUGGGUCUUUCUCGGAUAUGAUUGUCAUUGCAAGAUCUCAUGAAAUGGAGAAAACUGACAGUGCUUCACUGCUGGUUCUGACCAACCCAGGUCAACUCCAUUUUUAUGAUAACUCUUGUUUGUCCACGCUGAGGUUCGAGCCAGAUAAGAAGCAUUCAGUCCUUGCUGUAGAAUAUCCUGCAACUAUACCUACAAUUGAACCAAUAAUGACUGUGGGAAAACUAUAUUCAGUGGUUGCAAAGGCCAAUUCUUCCAGGGUUCUUGCAGAGACGGUUUCAGCUGCAAAACUUGAAGUUGAGCAGACUAUGACAAGAGGGAGUAGCAGAUGGCCUUUGACUGGUGGUGUUCCUGGUGAACUGUCUAUAGCUGAAGAUGGUGGAAUGGAAAGAAUAUAUGUAGCAGGCUAUCAAGACGGAAGUGUUCGAGUAUGGGAUUCGACAUUUCCUGUUCUAUCACUCAGGCUUGUUUUUCUACUCCAGGUGGAGGGUAUUGAUGUUGCUGGUGCAAGUGCAUCAAUCUCUACUUUAGAUUUUUCUCCCACUUCUUUGUCUUUGGCUAUUGGCAAUGAAUAUGGUCUUGUUUGGUUGUAUGGUCUAGAUGGAACUAAAGAUAAAUCUGGAAUUCACUUGGUUACACAGACAGAACGGCAAGUUCUUAAUUUGCCUCAUGACGGUGGAUCCCUGUGCAAGGCUAUUUUCUCCCUCCUGAACUCUCCUGUUCGUACCUUAAAGUGGGUAAAUUCUGGAGAUAGACUUGCAGUUGGGUUUGAAUGCGGUCAGGUUGCUAUGGUUGAAACCAGUGCGCUGUCAGUAUUGUUUCUUACUGACGCUCUAUGCGGCUCAAGCCCAAUCAUCUCUCUAGCUGUGAAAACACUUCCAGAUACCGAGAGUCUGAAGCAGUCGGAAAUUGGGACAUCAAAUGAAUCUGUUAAGGAGGUAGCUUUUAUUUUAACUAGAGAUUCACAUGUUGUAUUGGUGGAUAGUAGCACUGGCAAUAUGAUAUCUCAGCCAAUUCAUCCAAUGGAAGAGUCAACUGCAGUUUCCUUGUAUAUUAUAGAGGGUGAUGCAUCUGUAGCUGAAGGCUCUGAAAACGACAUUUCAAAGUCUUCUGAGGAUUUUGAAGCCAAAGGUCAACGUGGACAAAAGAGUUAUGAACGUCAAAGUGAUCCAAUGGAAGCUGAAAAUUCAGAGCCAGAUAUAGUCCAUAAUUUGAAGAACUCAAUAAUUGUAUUUUGUUGUGAGAAUGCAUUGCAUCUGUACUUUUUGAACUCUGUGAUUCAGGGUGAGAAUAAGUCAAUCUAUAAACUUGAUCUUGUCAAACCAUGUUCCUGGACAGCAAUAUUCACAAAAGAGGCAACAGAAUAUGGGCUUAUCAUAGUCUAUCAGACUGGAGAUAUUGAAGUCAGGUCCUUGCCAGCUUUCAGUGUGUUGGGAAGCACAUCAUUAACAUCAAUUCUUAGGUGGAAUUUCAAGACUAAUAUGAACAAUUUGAUGAGUUCUUCAGAUAAAGGGCAGAUUACUUUGGCCUGUGGGAGUGAAUUUGCUAUUGUAUCUCUACUAGCCUCUGAAAACGACUUCAGGAUUCCGGAGGCUUUACCUUGUCUUCAUGAUGAAGUCCUUGCCGCUGCUGCAGAUGCCACCAUCAGUAUUGCCCUCGAUCAGAAGAACAAGCAGAGUACUGUCCCUGGUGUUUUUGGUGGAUUCAUGAAGGGGUUUAAAGGGGCUAAGAUGGAGAUGAAUAACUCCGAAGCUCGGGAAAGCAUUCUUGCACAUAUGGACAUCAUAUUUUCUAGGUUUCCUUUUUCAGAACCUGUAAAAAAUCUUGCCGAUGAUCAACCUCAUGUUGAGCUUAACAUAGAUGACCUUGAAAUUGAUGAGCCUUUGUCAGUUGUAUCAUCAUCUUCUAAGAGUGACAAUGAAAGAAAAGACAAGGAAACAGAGAGGCAAAGGUUGUUUGAAGGCAGUUCUACUGAUACAAAACCCAGAAUGAGAACAAGAGAGGAAAUCAUUGCAAAAUAUCGAAAAGCUGGGGAUGCCACCUCUGCAGCUGCACAAGCAAGAGACAAACUUAUAGAACGGCAGCAGAAACUUGAGAAACUUGGUGAACGCACUGCAGAACUUCAAAGCGGGGCUGAGAGCUUUGCAGAUUUGGCAAAUGAGCUGGCUAGGAACAUGGAAAAGCGGAAAUGGUGGAACUUUUGACUUCCGAUCUGCAGUUAAGAUGAUUGAAUUUGUUAAACCAGAUGGCUUGACAAUGCUUGGAAUCCACAACCAUUUAUGUUGCUGUUGUGACCAGAGUGAACACUUCCAAGAGCAUCUCCUUCUUGAAAACCAUUAACCUGCUGGUCAUACAAACUAUUACGUGUAUCGGUUU